UCUAUAGUUAUACCAAUUAAGUACCGGUAGAUCUCCUGAAUCUAGAUCUAGAGAAAAAAAUCUAGAUCUAAAUCUAGAUCUCUAGAUCUAGACUAGGCCUGUGCAAUAUCAUAGAGUCUAGAUCAACGAGGCUCUAGAGAUGUAACCUACACUUCUUCAAAAGAACGGCAAUAUUUAACAAUAGGUCUACUGUUAGUGUGAAUAGAUAAUUUGAUAUGCAGGCCUAACUGAAAAGUAUACAAAGUAAAAUUUCUAACUGAUGCAAAAUUUUAUAAAUCAUGUUUGAAUGAACAGUAGAAGAGGAAAAUAAGGAAAAAAAAGUUGAGCGACCACCUUGGGGAAAUGAAAGCGAAUAAGUUGUGUGCUACACCCCAGCCAGAAGCUGUAAAAGAGAAGAAAGUUAAAACUGCCCAUCAAGACCUCAACAAAAAGGAUCAAAACUCACAGGAAGAUGAAGCAACUGAUUUAGUGGGGGCAUGUUCACCAACUAUCACAAAAAAACAUACAAAACACAAGAAAAACAAGAGUAUUGAAGAAGAUGAAGCAACUGAUUUAGUGGGGGCAUGUUCACCAACUAUCACAAAAAAACAUAAAAAACACAAGAAAAACAAGAGUAUUGAAGAAGAUGAAGCAACUGAUUUAGUGGGGGCAUGUUCACCAACUAUCACAAAAAAACAUACAAAACACAAGAAAAACAAGAGUAUUGAAGAAGAUGAAGCAACUGAUUUAGUGGGGGCAUGUUCACCAACUAUCACAAAAAAACAUAAAAAACACAAGAAAAACAAGAGUAUUGAAGAAGAUGAAGCAACUGAUUUAGUGGGGGCAUGUUCACCAACUAUCACAAAAAAACAUAAAAAACACAAGAAAAACAAGAGUAUUGAAGAAGAUGAAGCAACUGAUUUAGUGGGGGCAUGUUCACCAACUAUCACAAAAAAACAUAAAAAACACAAGAAAAACAAGAGUAUUGAAGAAGAUGAAGCAACUGAUUUAGUGGGGGCAAGUUCACCAACUAUCACAAAAAAACAUAAAAAACACAAGAAAAACAAAGUGUCUAUGCAAAGUGCCUAUGAUGCCUUAGGUGUAGCAGAAGCACGGCCAUCGGUUGCAAGUUUGUUAGAGAAUGAAACAUCAGAACCUCAAAAACACAAGACAAAAAGGUCUAAAGCUGAACGUUUGCUAGAGAAUGAAACAUCAGAACCUCUAGAGAAAAAAGUGAAACUCUGUCAUGACUCAGGCCAAAAAGCAGUAGAUAAACCUGUUGUUACGACAACAGGACAUGGCAUCUUUCAAGGUCAAUGGCAAGGUCAGUUGUUUGAAAAUAAUGAGAGACAAAACAAGUUUUUAAGACUUUUAGGUGGUAUGAAAGGUGCGGGGGCAGGUGAGGAGAAGAAGAAAGGGCUGUUUGGGUCCCUGGGCUCCAGUGCCCUGACUCUGGAGAAAGCUGCAGACCUGAACUCAAGGCUUGAGGACCAGUACAACAAAGCUCUUCACUUCAAACUGACAGGGAAAAAGGGCUCCGGCUUUGGAUUCACCCCUGACCCAGCAGAGGGCAAGAAGUUCCACAUAGAUGUGAACAAGACCAAUUCUGUACAGUUUGAUGAUUGAAUAAAAUGCUAAUCUACUUCAAA